AUGGCUUGGGGCAUGCCAAAUCUGUAUACGAUCGAUUGCCAGAAUGAAUCUGGUUGCUGUUCACGUCCAACACGAGACCCCAGAAGCAGAAGCUCAAAUCUCACAACUCUAGGCCUCAUUGUAGUUGAUGCUACCAAGGUCAAAUCAACUUCUACUUUAACCCAAAUCAACAAGCUUAUAAACUCCACUCCACAGCUGAGAGGUCCAUUGAAAAAUUGUGUUGAUUUGUACAAUGGUAUUUUGGGUGUCAUCCCAACUGCUGUUGAGGCCUUGACUAAAGGUGAUCCAAAGUUUGCCGAAUCAAGUAUGGUUGAUGCUGCAAAUGAGGCUGAAUCCUGUGAAAAGAGUUUCGGCCAAUCUAAAUCACCUCUGAGUGAUAUGAACAAAGUGGUUCAUGACCUUUCUGUGGUGGCCACAGCAAUAAUAAGAAUGUUGUUGUAA